GCUGCACCUACGGUGGACCACGCCAAGCUGAGCAACUGGCAGCAGCAACCUGUGAACGUGUUCCUGUCCUCUAAGCGGCCUCCUUGUGUAGAGGAGCUGCAUCAGGAGGCUGAACUCAACCUACAGAGCUUACUGCAAGCUGACUGUUUUGCAGAAGAAUUUGAAGAUCGCUAUUUAGAUACUAAAGUCACAGGGCAGACCUUCCGUUACUCGGCUUUGUCACAAUCUGCAACACUUCCUCCAGAAACUCCCACAAAAAGUAACCUCAGACGACUAGAAUUUGUCUACCUGCCAAGCAACAGAAGGGUGAGUGAAGAUGAAAGUACCACUGUAGGCGUGAGACCAAGAGAAACAUGCCUGAGCUUACCUACAACUCCAGAUAAGCAAGUAGCCUGGGUUAAAGCAUUCCCUUUUCCUAUACCAGAAGAGAGACGGUGGCACCAAUCGAAUUCCAUACAAACCAACAUUGUGCCCAUAAAUGUAUCUGGAGAACUGUUUGACAAACACGCCAGCUCUCACCACUCUUUGUUCAACACAGAGACAGCCGUGAACCCGAAAACCACUCUACGACGUAGAAGGACCAUCAUUGGGUUCUCUCACCACCAGACGCAGGAUCAAGGAGAGAUCAAGAGAUCUGCAGCUUCUGAGUCAACGCCCAAGAAGUCCACCCCAGGUAAUGUCAAUGGUGUAACAAGCAGCGAACCACCUCCAGCACCCCCAGAUUCUCCUCCUGCUAAAUCGGAAUCCCAUGGGAGGCAUCCUGGAGGGAGAGCGGCUACACCUCACCCUCAACAGCUGCCAUUAAGAAAGACUUUCAGUGAUCUUGGUCACAUAUUACAGCCAUCAAAUAAUAUGGACAGCACGAGUAUGAUAUAUUCGAAUCCCCCAUGCAAUGGGGCUAAGGACUGUGCUACAUCGAACUGGCAGGGAAACUCGUUCAACUAUAUGACUUCGUCAAGCCCAGUAAAAAGUCAGCAAGCAUCCAUUGCAGAGCCCACAAAAAGUUCAACUAUGACUAUGGCAUCUCCUGGGGUUUGUAAAGGCUCAGGUUCCUUUAAGAUAAAAAAAGAAAACUUAACAAGGGGUAAUGGUGGAAGCAUGUGCUCAAGUGCAACUCUUCCAGGACAUGGUAUGGAUCCACCAAAAUCAGAGAAGUACAAGGUUGUCUCUUAUCCUAGUCAACCAGGAGCAAGCAAUUUGAACAAUUCAUCCACCUUGCCAUCAACGCGCAGCGAGUGCACAUUCCGAGAAAGGUCACUGUCUAUGCCUACAGAUACCGGCUCCCUCUCAUCAGUGGACAUAACCUAUGCAGAGAACAGGAGAGGAAGUGGGGACUAUGCUCUAAACUAUCCCAGUGGGAGCUCCGAGGAGAGCACAAGUACAGAGAAUGUAUCUGUGGUGAUUGACCAAGACAAUCAAGAACGUAGAAGAUCUCGAAGCAUCUCCUUGAGAAAGCCGAAGAAAAAGCCUUCACCUCCGGCACGCAGUGUUUCCCUCAUAAAAGAUGCAUCCACACAAAGGCUGCACCCAGUGUCUACUAUGCCAAAGGAUCAAAGACCUAAAAGCCUCUGCAUUGCAUUUGAUAGUCAGGGACACAGUUAUAUUCCAACAUCAAUGCAGGGCAAUGCUACGAUGCCAUCAUCGAAAAGUAUGCUCUUUACUCAAAAUUGGAAUUCCAGUGAUUGCAAGUCUAAUGACCUGCAUAGGACAUUGAUGGGCUCUAGCUCUGCGAAAAGUGCAACUGUUAUAGAAUCCAGGAAGAUACAGGGAAGUUCUGAGUCUCUGACCUCGCUUUUCAAUUCAAGAGCCACAACGCCAUCCCAAGCUUUCCCAGAAGCAGACUUAAAGGUUUCAUCACCUGGUAAACCUCCUGGUCUGAUGUCUCCAUCUAGUGGCUACUCAAGCCAGUCAGAGACCCCAACUGCGAUUCCAACAUCAUUAAUUCUAGGGCACUCUCCUUACCAAAGUCAUAAGGUAAGGCCUAUGGUCCCUGAAAGGAAAUCAUCACUUCCAGCUGUUUCACCUAUUGAUAGAAGUCCCAGUGUCCGUCAGUCAUUUGACUUACCACUCACUCCACCAACGCAUCUGGAUUUAACCAGUGCAAGAAAGUCUUCAAAGUCUUCAACUUUUAGCACAAAAAACCAGAACCAGAAGACAAGUCCAGUUCAGCCAAUAAUGCCAAUGGUCACUCAGUCAGACCUACGUAACAUCCGUCUCAGGUCAAUAAGCAAAUCUGAAACUGAAGACAACUUGGAUAUUUUAGACCACCUAGAUGAACUGACCGAUGAAGCUUUUCCCUUGCCAGAGAAAAAGACAAAGCCUCCAGUGGCAGAAAAACCCCCCAUGUCUAGAAGGCCCAACAGCCUGUCUUAUAGAACUUCUGCAGUCACACCAGAAUCUCCUGUGAUGUCACCCUCUUCUCCUGGAAAAUACAUUCGAGACCAAGCAUCCCCUCAAGAUGCAUACAUGGUGAUUGGAACACUCCGGCACAAGAAGAGUUAUGACUAUGAAAUUCGUAUGGAGACUCCUCCAUCCUUAGAUCCCUCGCCACCACCCGAAGUUUAUUUCCAAACGAACCAGCCAAGCACUAGAAGCUUCUCACAGAGCAGUAUUGACGAAGAUGACUAUUACAAGGGAAGACAAUUCCCAGACAGAAUAACUCUACAGAACUUUAAUUAUAUAGAUAAAAAGAAAGUAAAGGUUCCACCACCGAUUCCAAAAAAAACCCAACGUAUUACACUUUCCAGUUGCCAGUCCACCACCAAGCCAAGCAACAUUGUCUUCGUUGGAACAAAGGCUAUCCCCUGUUGUAUCACCAGAUUCUGGAGCCAGCGCAUAUCCUGAUAUCAUUGAGUUCCAGAAAUAUGCUGCAGAAGGAACCAUUCACGGUGUACACCCUGACCUUGUAUCGAUGGAUGCGUAUUCAGGACCAUACGCAGACCCACCAGAAGAAAGCAGGCGUGUGUCAAACAAGACAGCUGAGUCCAUCACUGAAGACGACGAUGAGGUGUUUGUCAGUUCACGAACAACAGAAGAUUUAUUUACACUCAUCCACAGGUCCAAAAGGAAGUUGCUGGGAUGGAAAGACUCCGGAGAUUCUUUUGGGAGCAGACAAAGCUCAGUGUCGCCCAUUAAAAUUUCAUACUCCACAAAUAAUGACUUGGGAACCCUGAGCAUUAGCCGGACUUCCAGCAAAAACGAGGACUUUAAGGCCCUUCUCCAAAGGAAGGGUAGCAAAAGCAGCAUAGGGGCCCGACCUUCGGCCGCAGAACUCCUUAAAACCAACAAUCCUUUGGCUCGCAGAGUCAUGAAUGAGUUUGCUCCAGAAAUUGAGAAGAACAACAAUACAAAAACCUUGCCUAGGGAUUGA